CUCCGAAGUGUGUGUUACACCAUGAAUCCUCCGUUACCCUCUCUUACCUCGACCUGGCACAACGGCCCCUACCCGGCCAUCUCGCCGUCGCGACCCGAACUGAGCGCCGCUGGCAAGACAAUCAUUAUCACGGGCGCUGGCAGCGGAAUUGGUCGCGCAACCGCCCAGUCAUUUGCCAAAGCAGGUGCCAGCAAAAUUGUUCUGAUCGGGCGGAAUGAGGACACGCUUCGAGAGACCCAGGCCAGUCUGGAAUGCAGCUCUUCCAUCCACGCAGCUGAUGUGACGGAUGAGAAGGCGCUCACUGCCGUUGCGGCCGCCACGGGGACGUGGGAUGUGAUGAUCCUUGCUGCGGGACACAUCGAAGCGCUGGCCUCGAUCCGGGAAUCGUCCGUGGAUGACUGGUGGCAGAGUUUCGAGACUAAUGUCAAAGGUACCAUGAUAGCUUCCAAGGUGUUCCUGCCAACGGCCCGUCCGGAACGUGCGGUUGUCGUCACUUUUACUGCAGUGGUUGUAUUCCCGGCGGCUCAGUUGGUAAACCUAUCGGGAUACAUCACAUCCAAACUGGCAGUGAUCAAACUCAUGGAGUUUCUCGCAGCGGAGAAUCCCAACGUCUUUGCCGUGGCUCUACAUCCGGGGAUGAUCGAAACUAAAAUCUUCCGUGGAUCUGGGGCCGAUCCUAGCAAGCUGCCGAUGGAUACAGUGGAGCUUCCAGCCAAUUUCUCAGUCUGGCUAACGAGUACCGAAGCCGCGUUCUUGAACGGCCGCUCUGUUUGGGCAAAUUGGGACGUGGAAGAACUCAAGGCCAAGGCGGAUGAGAUUCAGUCUGGAUUGCGGUUGACCUCGGGGGUGUACGGUUGGCCAUUCACAUCAUCCUAGCAUAUUCCAACAGGCAUGCAACUUGGUAGCUAUUCCCCUUCAUGCCGGGCAUACAGGAGAUGUUUACUCAAACUCCGAAAUACAAAUCAAUAUCUCCAGGCUAUCUCAGCAUCAGCAAAGACCUGGGUUUUCCUUAUCUAAUUU